AGCGCGUGCAGCCCCGCCCACGCGCGCCACUGAGCAGUUUAAAUGGAGAGGGUGGGAAUUUGACAGGGGUCUUUUGGACUGUUCGUGUGAGGAGUACUUCGUCAGCGCCGGAUGCUCCAAACCACAACUUUCCUCGAAACACGUUUUCGCCUCUUUAAUUACCUCCGCCCCCACCUGGCACAGAAAUGUCCAAGAAGGCCCCUAACGAGGACGAGAAGUUCCUCUAUGUUGACAAGGACUUCCUGAACAGCCCCAUGGCUCAGGCCGACUGGUCGGCCAAGAAGCUGGUAUGGGUCCCCUCGGAGCGGCACGGUUUCGAGGCCGCAAGCGUCAAGGAGGAGCGUGGAGACGAGGUCCUGGUGGAGCUGGCUGACAACGGCAAGAAGGUGACAGUCAACAAGGAUGACAUCCAGAAGAUGAACCCACCCAAGUUCAGCAAGGUGGAGGACAUGGCUGAGCUCACUUGUCUGAACGAGGCCUCGGUGCUGCACAAUAUCCGUGAGAGGUACUUCUCGGGACUUAUUUAUACGUACUCUGGCCUGUUCUGUGUGGUGGUGAACCCCUACAAGAUGUUGCCCAUUUACUCAGAGAAGAUCAUUGACAUGUACAAAGGGAAGAAGCGUCAUGAAGUCCCCCCGCAUAUCUACUCCAUCACCGACAACGCCUACAGGAACAUGAUGCAAGAUCGUGAGGACCAGUCCAUUCUUUGCACUGGGGAGUCUGGUGCUGGCAAGACAGAGAACACCAAGAAGGUCAUCCAGUAUCUGGCUGUUGUGGCUUCAUCACACAAAGGCAAGAAAGACAGCAGUGCUCAACAAUCAGGAUCACAGUUGGCCUACGGAGAGCUGGAGAAGCAGCUCCUGCAGGCCAAUCCCAUCUUGGAGGCCUUUGGGAAUGCUAAGACCAUCAAAAAUGACAACUCCUCCCGAUUUGGUAAAUUUAUCCGCAUCAACUUUGAUGUGACCGGCUACAUUGUUGGAGCCAAUAUCGAGACUUACCUUCUGGAGAAGUCUCGCUGUAUCAGACAGGCAAAGACAGAAAGAGCCUUCCAUAUCUUCUACUACAUGAUUGCUGGAGCCAAGGACAAGCUGAAAGAGGAGCUUCUUCUGGAGCCCUUCAGUAAUUACCGCUUCUUAAGUGCGGGCCACGUCCAGAUCCCAGGCCAGCAGGAUGAUGAGAUGUACGAAGAGACAAUGGAAGCCAUGACCAUCAUGGGCAUUACAGAUGAGGAGCGAAUCGAUAUCCUCAAAGUUUGUUCCACGGUCAUGCAGCUGGGAAACAUUGAGUUCAAGAAAGAAAGGAACCAGGAGCAGGCCACCAUGCCUGAUAACACAGCGGCUCAGAAGGUGUGUCACCUGCAGGGUAUCAACGUGACAGACUUCACCCGUGCCAUCCUCACGCCUCGGAUCAAAGUGGGCAGAGAGGUGGUGCAAAAGGCACAAACCAAAGAGCAGGCUGACUUUGCCAUCGAGGCCCUGGCCAAGGCUGUGUUUGAACGCCUUUUCCGCUGGAUCCUGGCUAGAGUCAACAAAGCCCUGGACAAGACCAAACGGCAGGGGGCCUCCUUUCUGGGAAUCCUCGAUAUCGCUGGCUUUGAGAUAUUUGAAGACAACUCCUUCGAGCAGCUCUGCAUCAAUUACACCAACGAGAAGCUGCAGCAGCUUUUCAACCACACCAUGUUCAUCCUGGAGCAGGAGGAGUACCAGAGAGAAGGUAUUGAGUGGAACUUCAUUGACUUUGGCCUGGACCUUCAGCCCUGCAUCGAGCUCAUUGAGAGGCCGAACAACCCUCCAGGCAUUCUGGCCCUGCUGGAUGAAGAGUGUUGGUUCCCCAAAGCCACAGACAUCUCCUUUGUGGAGAAACUCAUGAACACUCAAGGAAACCAUGUGAAAUUUGCUAAACCAAAACAGCUAAAAGACAAGACAGAGUUUUCUAUCCUUCACUAUGCUGGAAAGGUGGACUAUAAUGCCACAGCCUGGCUGACGAAGAACAUGGACCCUCUGAACGACAAUGUCACGUCACUGCUGAACAACUCCUCCAGCUCCUUCGUGCAAGACCUCUGGAAAGAUUCUGACAGAGUGGUUGGUCUCGACACCAUCGCCAAGAUGUCCGACACCUCCAUGCCCAGCGGCUCAAAGACCAAGAAGGGAAUGUUCCGCACGGUGGGGCAGCUCUACAAGGAAUCCCUCGCCAAACUCAUGACCACACUGCACAACACUCAGCCCAACUUUGUCAGAUGCAUCAUUCCGAACCACGAGAAGAGGGCGGGGAAGCUGGAUGCCCACCUGGUUCUGGAACAGCUCAGGUGUAAUGGCGUGUUGGAAGGUAUUCGAAUCUGCCGACAAGGAUUCCCCAACCGGAUUGUUUUCCAGGAGUUCCGCCAGCGCUAUGAGAUUCUGGCAGCAAAUGCUAUUCCGAAAGGUUUCAUGGAUGGAAAACAAGCUUGUUGUCUCAUGAUCAAGCAUCUUGACCUGGAUCCAAACCUGUACAGAAUUGGGCAGAGUAAGAUCUUUUUCCGCACUGGAGUUUUGGCCCAGCUGGAGGAGGAGAGAGACCUGAAGAUUACUGUGAUUAUCAUCGCCUUCCAGGCGCAGGCGAGAGGCUUCUUGGCCAGAAAGGCGUUUGCUAAAAGGCAGCAACAACUCACUGCCAUGAAAGUGAUCCAGCGGAAUUGCGCCGCCUACCUCAAACUUAGGAACUGGCAGUGGUGGAGGCUCUUCACCAAGGUCAAGCCUCUACUGCAAGUGACCCGUCAGGAGGAGGAGAUGAGCCUGAAGGAGGAGGAGCUGCAGAAAUCCAAAGAAAAUGCUGCCAAGUUUGAAACAGAGCUGAAGGAGAUAUCCUUGAAGCACACAGCGAUUUUGGAGGAGAGGAACGCACUGCAAGAGCAGCUCCAGGCGGAAACAGAGCUGUAUGCGGAAGCAGAGGAGAUGCGGGUGCGUCUGGGAGCCAAGAAGCAGGAAUUGGAGGAAAUCCUCCAUGAGAUGGAGGCAAGACUUGAUGAAGAAGAAGAACGUUCACAGUCGCUGCUGGUAGAAAAGAAGAAGAUGCAGCAGCAAAUGCAGGAAUUGGAAGAACAUUUAGAGGAGGAGGAAGAUGCACGCCAAAAGCUGCAGCUGGAGAAGGUCACCUGUGAAGGGAAGAUCAAAAAGCUUGAAGAUGACAUCCUUGUGAUGGAAGAUCAGAACAACAAGCUGCUUAAGGAGAGGAAGCUAAUGGAGGAGAGGAUUGCAGACUUCAGCGCUAAUCUGGCUGAAGAAGAGGAGAAGUCAAAGAACCUCACAAAGCUUAAAAAUAAGCAUGAGUCUAUGAUCUCAGAUCUGGAGGUCCGCCUGAAGAAAGAGGAAAAGACGCGGCAGGAGUUGGACAAGGUUAAGCGUAAGUUGGAGGCAGAGUCGAAUGAUCUGCAGGAGCAGAUAGCCGACCUGCAGGCCCAGAUCGCUGACCUCAAGGCCCAGCUGGCAAAGAAAGAGGAGGAGCUACAAAAUGCCUUAGCCAGGUUAGAAGACGAGACUGCUCAGAAGAACAAUGCCCUGAAGAAAAUCAGGGAGCUGGAGGGCCACAUCUCUGACCUGCAGGAAGACCUCGACUCUGAGAGAGCCGCCAGGAAUAAGGCAGAAAAGAUCAAACGGGACUUGGGGGAGGAGCUGGAGGCUCUUAAGUCAGAGCUGGAGGAUACCCUGGACAGUACCGCCACCCAGCAGGAGCUCAGAGCCAAACGUGAGCAGGAGGUGACCCUACUGAAGAGAGCCAUAGAGGAUGAGAACCGGACCCAUGAGGCUCAGAUACAUGAGAUGAGACAGAAACACACCCAGGCUGUAGAGGAGCUCACAGAGCAGCUAGAACAAUCUAAACGAGUCAAAUCAAACCUGGAGAAGGCCAAACAAGCUCUGGAGAAGGAGACAUCUGAGUUAACCAUGGAGGUGCGCUCGCUCACUCAAGCCAAACAAGAUGGGGAGCACAAGAGGAAGAAACUGGAGGGUCAAGUGACAGAUCUGCAGUCCCGUUUUGCUGACAGCGAGAAGCAAAAGGCUGAACUGGGGGAACGCUGCUCCAAGAUCACUGUGGAACUGGAGAGUGUGACAAACCUACUGAAUGAAGCUGAGGGCAAGAACAUUAAACUGAGCAAAGAUGUUUCCAGCCUCGGCUCCCAACUCCAGGAUGCACAGGAGCUGCUGGCUGAGGAGACACGCCAGAAGCUGCAGUUCUCUACGAAGCUCCGGCAGGCUGAGGAUGACAAGAACAGCCUGCAGGAGCAGCUUGAGGAGGAGAUGGAAGCCAAGAGGAACGUGGAGAGACACGUGUCUACCCUCAACAUCCAGCUAUCAGAUGCUAAGAAAAAGCUUGAAGAAAUGUCAGGGAACAUCGAGCUGCUGGAAGAAAGCAAGAAACGUCUGCAGAGAGAUUUGGAGGCAGCCAACACCCAGUUUGAGGAGAAGGCCUCCGCCUACGACAAACUGGAGAAGACCAAAAAUCGUCUGCAACAGGAGCUGGAGGACACACUGAUGGACCUUGACAACCAGAGGCAGAAUGUUUCAAACCUUGAGAAAAAGCAGAAGAAGUUUGAUCAGAUGCUAGCUGAGGAGAAGAGUAUCUCCAGUAAAUACGCAGAGGAGAGGGAUAAGGCUGAGGCUGAGGCCAGAGAGAAGGAGACCAAGGCUUUGUCCCUAGCGAGGGCUAUGGAGGAGGCCCAGGAUGCCAGAGAGGAGCUGGAGAGAGCCAACAAAGCCCUGAGGAUGGAGAUGGAGGAUCUGAUCAGCUCAAAGGAUGAUGUUGGAAAGAAUGUCCAUGAGCUGGAGAAGUCCAAGCGAGGUCUGGAGGCCCAGGUGGAGGAGAUGAAGACUCAGCUGGAGGAACUGGAGGACGAGCUGCAGGCGGCUGAGGAUGCCAAACUGCGCCUGGAGGUCAACAUGCAGGCUCUGAAAGCCCAGUUUGAGCGGGAUCUCCAAGGUCGCGAUGAGAUGGGAGAAGAAAAGAAGAGACAGCUUGUCAAGCAGGUCCGAGAGUUAGAGACAGAGCUGGAGGAUGAACGCAAGCAGAGGGCCUCUGCAGCAGCAGCCAAGAAGAAAUUGGAGACUGACAUGAAAGACCUGGAGGGCCAGAUUGAGACCGCCAAUAAGGGACGGGAUGAGGCCAUCAAGCAGCUCCGAAAGAUCCAAGCCCAAAUGAAAGACUUCCAGAGGGAGCUCGAAGAUGCCCGUGCUGCCCGUGAGGAGGUGCUGACUACGGCGAAAGAGAGUGAGAAGAAAGCCAAGGGCCUGGAGGCUGAGCUCAUGCAGCUGCAGGAGGAAUUGGCUGCAGCUGAAAGGGCACGGAAGCAAGCAGAGGCCGAACGGGACGAGCUGUCGGACGAGCUGGCAAGCAACUCUUCUGGAAAGUCUGCCUUGGCAGAUGAGAAGCGUCGUCUGGAAGCUAAGAUCUCCCAGCUGGAGGAAGAGCUGGAAGAAGAGCAGAGCAACAUGGAGAUCCUCAACGACCGGCUGAGGAAAAGCACACAGCAGGUGGAUCAGCUCAACGGCGAGCUGCAGACUGAGCGCACUGCCUCCCAGAAGAACGAGAGUGCCCGGCAGCAGAUGGAGCGCCAGAACAAGGAGCUGAAGGCCAAGCUCAGUGAAAUGGAGAACCAGGUCAGGUCCAAGUUCAAGUCCUCCAUCACCGCUUUGGAGGCCAAAGUGGCCCAGCUGGAGGAGCAGCUGGAGCAGGAGAACAGGGAGAAGCAGGCUACCGCCAAGAGCGUUCGCCAGAAAGACAAGAAGCUCAAAGACCUGGUGAUGCAGGUGGAGGACGAAAGGAAACAGGCAGAACAGUACAAAGACCAGGCGGAGAAGGCCAACACGCGCAUGAAGCAGCUGAAGAGGCAGCUGGAGGAGUCGGAGGAGGAGUCUCAGCGAGCUACAGCCGCCCGCAGGAAGCUCCAGCGUGAGCUGGAUGAAGCCACCGAGGCCAACGACGCCAUGAGUCGCGAGGUCAACUCUCUCAAGAGCAAACUCAGGCGGGGAAAUGAGCCCUCUUUCGGCAGCACGCCUCGGCGUAUCGGCGGAGGCCGGAGGGCGGUCGAGGAUGCAUCCGAGGAGGAGGCAGACUCCCAAAGUGACUUCAAUGGAACCAAGUCUGCAGACUGAGAGACGAGAUGAAAUCUAAUCGACUAACCAGAGUCUUAUUUGCACCUCCCCAGUUCCACGCCACAUGAAAAUAUACACUGCCCGGCCAAGGAAAAGUCACACACUGUUUUGUUGGGCCGCCUUUAGCUUCCACGUGGCGUCAUACAGCAUCAUAAGAAACGCAGCUUUGUAAAUCCUGACAGUUACGAGAUACUGGUGAGUGAACGUGAUGCCCCUUAUGCCGUCAAACUCUACUCUGUUCCUUCGGUCGUUAGCUUGCAACAUUUUUGGGCACACAAUGUUGUUGAAGGUUGACGCGACCAACCCAAACAAGCCCAGAUCUUAACACGGCACCAACAGGCAAGCUAUUCAAUCAAAUACGGCAUUUGUUUUCGGCCAUGGACCUUAGGUGUCAUGUCAAAAGAUGAAUAAAUAUAGCUUUUUUUUUUUUUUGCUACAUCUACAAAUGUCCUGGCUCACGUGUCAGUUUUAAAACCCAAACUUGCUCUAGAACAGGGGUGGGCAAACUUUUUGACUCGCGGGCCACGCUGGGUUAAAAAAUGUGGCCAUCUGUAUCGAUGGUCAUGAAACAGAACGACCUACUUGCUCACGGUGCAACAAAGCGACAACACAACACAUCCACAGCAAGGUAAAGCAUCGCAUAAAUCAACUACUGCUAUUACGUGGGUGAUAAAUGGCAACUAAGCGCUGAACGUGACAUAACUUCAAACUGUUACUUUGUCACCACCUCCUCAAUCAGGGAAAAAUGCAUUAAAGACGGAAAAAUGCUGGGAGAAAGGGUACCACAAGCUACCCUGCAUGUCUUGCGGCGGGAAUAUAUGGGUGUUUUUUGGCAUGGGUACAUACAUUGUGCGUACAUAUUUAUUUUCAUGCCCACAUGGUGCAGUGGUACUUUGUGCGUUGUGUGUGUUGUUUGGGUCGCUUUUUCGUACAAGCUGCAGAUUGCAUCGCACUAUUUUGGCAACUCAAGCGUUCCCCAAUAGCCCUGCGAGUCAUGUCAAAGGUUUUAAAAAAUAUAUUAAAAAAAGAGUUUGGAAAUGCCCGGUGGCCUAGAUUAAGACGCUUGACGGCCGCAGUUUUCCCACCCCCGCUCUAGAACGUUUGUGCUCAUUUGACCACGUGCACUUUCCAUGCUCGCCAGUAUUUAUGCACCCUGGCACGUUACAGUUCAUAGCUUUUAAGGCAUCCACCAGCUAUUAAGAGAAUUUUCGGGAGUGUGUAUCAGUUUCAGAUUCAGGUGAAUAACUUUUUAGAUGCUGGCCUCACGGCUUGGUGAAAUGCACAUUUUUUCAGAAGCACAACACAACACAGCUAGAGCAGUGGUUCUCAACUGGUGUGGCUGCGGGACCCGCGGAAAACUUUCAGCUCCUACUUCUUACGUAUCUUAUAUUUAAAGGGCCCUUUUGCAACAAUUACAUGGAAGCAUAGGGAGCGCAAACCUUCCAACAUGUUGCAAGCAUUAUAUCCCGCCUUCCUCCUGCUCAGGAACAAUAAGCUUUGAAAUUAUUUGAGCCAAAAGUGUGUUUACCGGUUUUCGGUCAGCAAGUGGUUUAUCUGAGGAGUUGAAUCAGAGCAACUGGCCUUGGGCCUGGAUGACAGGAUGAGAGCUUCUGAUUAAUGCAGUAGGUACAGUAAUAGUAAUAAUAAGAGGUCCAUUACUUCGGUAGACCACCCUUCUGCCUGGGUCAGCAGAUCGAAUUGGGCAUGAAAACGUCAAACGUCAUACUGUACCUGUAGUUUUUGUUAUGGGCAGAAUUCCCCCAUACGACAUGAGACGCCUUUGUGUCUUCUCCAGCUUGUAUAAAGACCAUGUAGCUGUGUGUCGGACAGACGGCACGUUAAACGGAGAGUUAGGAUGUUUUGGCAUGAAGUUGUAUGACAUCCCCAUCAGCAGUGCUUGGUCCGGUGAGCAUUGUUGCCACCUUUUCAGUAAGAAAAACACCUAUUGGCUGUCCUGGACGUCUCUAGAUGACAUCAACGUCUAAUUUGCAUAUGAAGCUGUAAAAUGCGGUAGGAAAAAAGCAUAACCUCGUAGAACAGACAAAAAAGUGAGUAUAAACACCUUAAUUGCCUUUAGAAGUACAAAUAAACUUGCUUCUUGGUUUGUUAAUUUAAAAUUGUCCAUUUCAUCAAAAUAAAAUAACCUUAAUAUUUUGUGCCUCUCAGGUUCUCCCAUCACACGUUGGCUAUCGAGAAUUGUUUUUAAAUGAGCACAAAUGAACAGAGAGUAUCAGAUUAUGCUGUGUUUAUUCCAUAGCUCGCAUUAACAUGAGUCGGUGUAGUUCGUGAGUAGCACACUCUUGUGGUGAAUAUAUGUAAUAGCAAUUCAUUUGCACUUCACUCUUUACUUAAGUGGCCGCAACCAUAGACAGAUAGAUGCCGCAUCGAGUAGGUUUGUUCACUGCUGCGAUACACGUCAACGUCGCGGACAUAUUGUAGGUGUCACGGCUGCGUUGUAAAUUAAUAGGAAACAGUGAGGCACCAAAACGAUUCAGGUUUUCGGUGGUAUUCAAUUCCAAGCGCAGACUUGACACAUCCAAUAUGGCGUCGACGUUAACGUACCGCUCGGCGGUCAAUGCGAUGUGUAUGUCUAUUGCCCCAGCAACUAGCGGAACUACGGUCUUUGUCCCAGCAUGUGGACGCUUAUGGCCAUGUCCUACAACUUCAUGUAAAAAAAAAAAAUCACACUCCAUGCCCUUCAAACCACUUUUGGGUCGCGACCCACCAGUCUGAAUAAGAAUGACUUAAAAAAAACCAACCAAGCUGUGUGAUUUGCUGUUAUUGACGCCAUUUUGUGUUGCACCGAAUGUAGUAUUAAUUACCGUGCCAACCCGCCAGCAGAGCCAAAAUUGUACGUCAAGUGUGGAUGGUAUGUCACCUUGAAGUGUAAAAGUGGAACUACUAUCAGCUACUCUUGUCUUGUCUUGCCUGUGACUGCUGUUAAUGUUUUAGAGCAGUGUUUAAUAGGUUGGAAAUGUAGAUUAUUCUACACCCAGUCUGCUUUUUGUAUCCUAACUACUAGUCAGCUAUGGCAUUUUUGUAUGGUCACUGUUUUAUACUUUUUGCCCAUAUAUAUAUAAAAAGAUUAUUCAUCAAGAGUUUUGGGUUACUCCAUGAACAAUUUGGAACUAUUUGUUGACUAAAGCGUGCCCCUGUCAUCACACUCCACUCUUCAAUAAUUGUAUUACCGACGGAUGUUUACGUUGCACACUUUCCUUCUACUAAUUGUUGAACCACUUGCACAAAAUAAAACAUCAGUACCAAAAAAA